AGUAGAAAAGUAGAAGCCAAUCAUGCGCAUUAGCACGCAAUCCUAAAGCUAUCAAGUUGUUUACAUCAGCGUACAUUGAUCCGUCAACAGCGACUUUUGGAGGAUCAAGACACAAUUAGCACUGUUAUUCUUUCAAGAGACUGUAAAAAUGACGGAGGAGCAGUGUUUCUCGCUGCGCGACGCAGCUGUCUCGCAGAUACCUGACACUGCGUGUUACAUACCGAAUUUCAUCACUGAGGAGGAAGAGAGACAGAUCAUACAGUGUGUAAACAGCGUGCCGUUGCCAAAGUGGACGCAACUGAGACACCGUAGAUUGCAGAAUUGGGGUGGUGUGCCGCAUCCCAAAGGGAUGAUAGCAGAAGAGAUUCCUAGUUGGCUUCAGAAGUAUAUGAAUAAAGUGACAGCUUUAAGUGCCUUUGAAAGUGGAGUGUUGCCUAAUCACGUUUUAAUUAACGAGUAUUUGCCCGGCCAAGGAAUUAUGGCACACUCAGAUGGCCCACUCUUUUACCCUGUUGUAACUACCAUCAGUUGUGGUUCCCACACUUUCCUUGAUUUUUAUAAACAGCUUGACACGACAGAGCAACAGCAAACAAGAUUAGAAUUUAGUUUACUACUUGAGCCUAGGAGUCUGUUGGUUCUGCAAAAGGACUUAUAUCAUGGUUACUUACAUUCUAUAGCAGAGAGAGAUUCUGAUAAUAUAACAAAAUUAUCAGUAAGAAAUUUACAUAUGUGUACAGAGAAAUUUACAGAAGGUGAAACAAUAAAACGUGGCACUAGAUUAUCUUUGACUAUUAGACAUGUACCAAGGACUAGUAAAAUGAAAUUAAAAAUCUUCUGAUAUGUUUUAUGUACAGUAUUGAAAUUUUCCAAGAAUACAUUUGUAUUUGAUAAUGGC